UCCGGCGUACUUCCGGGUGUGCACAAGGUUUUGCGAUCCUGACAGUGUGCAGAUUUCUACAUUUAUACACAAUGAAGAUUGCCACCUGGAAUAUAAAUGGAAUACGAACAUUCAGAUGCGCAAUUAAAAAGACACUCGAUGCACUGGAUGCGGAUAUUAUAUGUGUCCAGGAGACCAAAGUGACAAGAGACCUGCUGGAUGAAAGAACCGCCAUCGUAGAUGGUUACAACUCCUAUUUCAGUUUCAGUCGAGGACGCAGCGGCUACUCAGGGGUUGCUACUUACUGUAAAGAGAGUGCUACACCGUUUGCUGCUGAGGAGGGCCUCACCGGUUUACUGACCAAUCAUGAGGGGGCCAUUGGUUGCUACGGUGACCACUCUGAGUUUACUGAUGAGGAGCUGCAGCUUUUAGACAAGGAAGGACGAGCUGUCAUCACACAACACAGAGUCCAGUGUUCGGACAAAACACAGUCGAGCACGGUUACGGUUAUAAAUGUUUACUGUCCCCGUGCUGACCCCGAGAAGCCAGAGAGAAAACAGUUCAAACUGCAGUUCUACAAGCUGCUGCAGAGACGAGCUGAGGCUAUACUGAAAAAGGGGAGCCAUGUCAUUGUUUUGGGGGAUGUAAAUACGUCUCAUCGCCCAAUUGACCACUGUGACCCCAGUGAAAUUGAUGACUUUGAGGACAACCCCGGUAGGAAAUGGCUUAACGGCUUCUUAAGGGAUGAAAAAGCGUCUGAAUCAACAACAGAUGUCCUCCGUGGCGGACAGUUUGUUGACACCUUUCGCUAUUUCCAUCCAACUCGCACCGGGGCCUUCACGUGCUGGUCCACUCUCACGGGGGCCCGCCAGACCAACUACGGAACACGCAUUGACUACAUCUUCGCAGAUUAUCAGCUCGCACGGGAGCAGUUUGCAGAAGCCGACAUCAUGCCGGAGGUGGAGGGCUCGGACCAUUGUCCCGUAUGGGGGGCACUCAGGUGCUCUGUGCUGCCCAGCUCCAGGCCUCCACCUCUUUCUACCUGCUAUCUGCCGGAGUUUGCAGGCAAGCAGCAGAAACUGUCACGCUUUUUUGUUAAAGUGGACCAAAAGUCAAGGGAUGCUUUACCCGGAUCUCAAGAAGAAGCGGAAAGGAGGGAGAACAUAAAUACACCCGCAGCAGGGAAUGGCUCUGGUACCAAACGAACCAUGAGCACUGAAUCUGGUGUGCCGAAAACCAAAAAGGCCAAAACAGUUAAGGCUUCCUUAAAGCCGCAGGGAAAUCUUCUUGCCUUUUUUAAACCCAAAAAUGAACUUAGCUCCCCCAAAGAUUCCGUCAACGCACCACCAAUUAAGGAUGGCCUAUUCAAACCUGACCGCCCUGAGCUGGUGCGUGAUGUUUUACCACAGGUCGACAACACGCCAGACAACAUCGCCACGCCAGACAAACAGGAGAGGACACAAACUGAAGUCUUUCGCACACAAACAUCAAACCCACGUGGCAGCGAAGGAGCUUCGUUACUGUUUUGGAAGUCUGUCCUUCACGGGCCGCCCCCGCCACCCGCUUGCAAGGUUCAUGGCGAACCCUGUGUGUUGCGUACUGUUAAGAAGGAGGGGCCCAACAUGGGCCGACAGUUCUUUGUGUGCUCCCGUCCUCAGGGGCACGCCGCCAACCCAGACGCUCGGUGUAAUUUCUUUGUGUGGGUUGACAGGGGGAAAUAACAAAGGACUCAAUUUUUCUGUUGUUUCAGCUGUUUCUUUUUUUUUUGUCAGAAUAAAAUAGUUUUAUUCUACUUUAGGUCUCUUUUGCAAAAGUAGUUUAGUACCAAAGGUCGAUACCAUAGAUGUAGUUGUAUAUUUUUAUAAACCCCAAGAGGCUAAAGGAGGUGCUAAUGUGGCAGAAGUGCAUCCAUUUUGUAUUUGGAUGCUGGAGCCUAUCCCAACCUAAGCAGUUUGGACCACGAAAAAAAUUACACACCUCCAACUCCUCAUUAAUGGAUUAAGCUUGAGAGCAAUUUUAAUGCCAUUAAAAUAGCCACUCGGUGGCAGAAGUGCAUCCAUCCAUUUUCUAUUUGGAUGCUGGAGCCUAUCCCAACCUAAGCAGUUUGUACCACAAAAAAAAAAAUACACAUUGUAGGGAAAUUUUAGUGAUUAUGAUUUUUUUUAUUUCUGUGUUUAUUAUGAUGCGUGUUGUUGACCUCUUGGCCAGGUCACUCCUGGUAUCUGGUUAAAUAAAAGAAAUAAAAAUCUUAAUCUUAAAUGGACGGAUUUGUGGGGUUGUUUUGUCAUUCAUCCACAAGCAUCUCCUCAUGUUGCAGCAUGAUAAUGCACAGCACCGUUUUGCAAGAAGC